CUCCAUUAACAUAAAGUCUCUCUUCUUCUUCUUCGCUUCCUCUCCAAGAAACAAAACACUCGAUCUUGCGUUUGAUCUUUUUCUCUCUAGAUCCCAUCUUUUUCUUGAUCGAUUUAGUUUCAUUAUGGAGAACGACGCAGCUUAUGAUCGAAUCAAACACGAACUGUUAAACGCAAAAGACGAAGUAAUAAUCUCACGUUAUCUGAAGGGUAUGAUCGUCAACGGAGAUUCAUGGCCUGAUCACUUCAUCGUAGACGCAAACGUGUUCAACAAGAAUCCAAAUGAGCUGUUCAGUUCUGAGAGACCUAGAUUCGUGAUCGUUAAACCACGAACAGAGGCUUGUGGUAAAACCGAUGGAUGUGAUUCUGGUUGCUGGAGGAUCAUGGGUCGUGAUAAACUGAUAAAGUCGGAGGAGACUGGGAAGAUUCUAGGGUUCAAGAAGAUCCUCAAGUUCUGCCCAAAGUCGAAACCUAGAGAAUACAAGCGAAGUUGGGUGAUGGAGGAGUAUAGGCUUACCAAGAACUUGAACUGGAAGCAAGAUCAUGUGAUUUGCAAGAUUCGGCUUCUGUUUGAAGCUGAGAUUAGUUUCUUGCUAACCAAGCAUUUCCACACUACAUCAGAAUCACUUCUUCGUAAUGAGUUGUUGCCAUCUUAUGGAUAUUUAUCAACUACGCAAGAGGAGGAUGAAUCUUAUCUGGUGACGAUAGUGACUUGUGAGGGAAACGAUUGGCCUAGCUACCUUACCAACGACGUGUACUGUCUGCAUCCAAUGGACCUUGUGGAUCAUCAAGAUCCGAUGUUUCAUGAUUACGGAACCUGCAUCUUCGCUAACGGGACUUGUUGGGAAACUGAUAAAUGCGAUGGUGGUGGUUACUGGAAGAUCCUGCACCAUGAUAAGCUGAUCACCGGGAAGGUUAAUGGUUUCAAGAAGGUUUUUAAGUUUUAUGAAACACGAAGAUAUGUUUGGGAAGGUGAAUACGUGAACGUAACUUGGACUAUAGAAGAGUAUAGGCUUAGCGAAAAGGAGAAGGAGGAUAAAGUGAUAUGCGUUAUCAAGUUUAGCCUUGAUAACUAGCUAGGGACUUCUACUCUUAAUUUCAUGAUCAAUCAUCUUACGGACAUUCUCGAACAUGGUCAUGAUUCAUGAGUCUUUGUGUUUCUUAUUUCUCUGUUCAAUGUGGUUUAAAGACUAGUAGGCUUAUUUGAUUAUUUCCCUGUGUUAUUUUUGGCUUUGAGAGGAGAUGCUUUUUGUGCUUCCAAUUUGUUAAACACAGCUAAUGGCAUAUAAACACCGAUAUAACAC